GGACUCUGGGGAGGAUGUUUGUAGUAGUUUUGGACUAGAAUCAUGAAUGCGGCCAACAACAGAGUCAGUGCAACCGUGCAAUGUCUGCAGAGCUUUAGGACUAUGUAUGAUUAUAAGAAAAGGCUUGACACAUUUGCUGAUUGGCCCUUUGCUGAAAACUGCAAGUGCACGCCUGAAAAUAUGGCAAAAGCCGGCUUUAUACAUUGUCCCACGGAGAACGAGCCAGAUGUUGCCUGCUGUUUUUUCUGUCUCAAAGAGUUGGAAGGCUGGGAGCCAGAUGAUGACCCUCGGGUUGAACAUUCAAAAAGAUCUACUAAGUGUGGCUUUCUCUUGCUCACAAAAAGCACGGAUGAGCUGACCAUGGAAGAGCUGCUUCGGCUGGAGGUUUUUCGGAUUAGAACUUUUUAUCGCAAGUUUGCCAGUGUUGUUGCUCAAUACCUAGAUGAAGAGAUGACUGCCACCACUAGACGCCUGGUGGAAUACUUUGCUAAUCAACAUAACUGCCCACUAGAGCUGGAUCUUCUACUUUAACAAUGUUUUGGCAUUUUCCACUAUAUUGUAUGUUUUAACAGUAACUUAUUGAAGUGUUUUUUUCUGUUUUGUAAAUUGUUCAUACUGGAGAGGAUGGUGUUUUAAAUGUAGUUUUUUUACUUCUGAUCCCCUGACCAGAUUAUAAAUGGUUCAUGUUAAUAAACACGUUCCCCCAUCUUU